AUGACCGACGAUGGCUACGGUUCCCAAGAAGCCUUGCGCCGUCGCAGCGUGCCUCGACACAAUGGCGAGCCCAGAUCGUCCUCAGAGGUCCAGUACUUUCAACCAGGCCAACCCGUUGGCUUCCUCCGUGCUCGCGGCACAGCCUACGAGAAAAAGUACCUCUCCAGGAAACUUGGCUGCUGCUGCCUGUUUGUCGCUCCCUUCAUGCUUGUCGUUGUGCUUGCGAUCACUUUCUUUCCAAUCCUCUACGCGCUUGCCAACCAUACACUUCAUACCGCAGUCUUACACAUCUACCAGUCCAACGUAACAUCUCCGGGCAACACAUCCUUCCCCAUCACCCUUGAAGGCCAGGUCAAGAAGGUUGGUAUCUUUCCAGCGCGUCUCUUUUUCCGCGAGCCCGUGCAAGUCUGGUGGGUCUUGCCUCCAAAACCAGGCCAGCUUGCUUCUCCUGGAAAUUUGGAAGAAGUCAAUCUCGGUCAGAUGUGGUUCGACUCUAUCGGCGCCGCAGCAGGCCAUGCAAGGAUCAAACAGGCCACCAACUUCGAAAUCCAUAAUGUCGAGGCGUUCGGAGAAUUUGCAAAGUUUCUCAUUACCCAACCAGAGUUCACCUGGAAGAUCAAUUGCAGCAGCGUCCAUGUCGAAGCAUUCGGCUUUCUCCCAACCUACAAGAACCUCGUCUUCAAUAAGCACGUUGUCGUCAAAGGUUUCAAUAACUUCGAGCGAGUAAAAGUGCUCGAUUUUCAAAUACCGGGUAGCGACCCCCAAGGCGGCGUAACAAUUUCGGCUACGGUUUCGCUCUUCAAUCCCUCGCCCUUCGGCUUUCAGCUUGGGACGCUCGACGUAGCCCUUUUCUACCAAGGCAUGUACCUCGGCCCUGCAGGAACCACAGAUCUCAACGUCACCUCUGGCUUCAACGUCGCAACCCUCACUGGCAGGCUGCUUCCUCAGACCGACAAUGCUACUGCUCUCGAGCUGCUGGGAAUUGUAUUCACUGACUACAUCAACGGCCAAACUGUUCCCACCCUUGCUCGAGGAGUGUCGGCUCGUCAGAACAACGGCGAGUCGGUCGGAUGGCUGAGCGAAGGUAUCAGUGCUCUUGAGCUCAAGGUACCUCUUCGAUCCCCUGUCCCCAUCAACCCCAUCAAGGGCCUCAACAUAGGCUCGUUGUCUCUUGCCUUCACCCCAGAAACGGCAUACUCGCCCAUCGCCUUCUCAAGCGCAAUCGAAGCCGAGCUUGCUCUUCCUUUCGGCAUUCCCCUCUCCAUUGUCAACUCUGCAAACUCUUUUACCAUUCUCUAUCAAGGCGUUCAGGUCGGAACCAUCAAUUCGGCAUACUCCAAUGCUACAACGCAGCUCACUGUCAUCAAUUCUGCAAACGCAGCUGGUACCGUCAACUUAACCCUGCCUCCUUCACCUUUGACCUUAGCAAACGAAACUCAGGCAGCCCGCACCGAGCUUGAGCUUUUCACGAAUUACCUCACGCUCACCAAUGGCACUGCGAUUCGUGUGCAAGGUGCUUCCAAGGCUAUCACCGACACUCCUCUGGGUCGCGUCGUUCUCGAUGGCAUCCUCUUUGACGUCGAUAGUGGCUUGCUUGGGCUACAGGGGCUUGCGGCUUAUCCCACGAUCAUCAACCAAGUCGACGCAACCGGCGGCACACCGCAAGGCAUCAACUUGAUGGUCGCUACUACCCUCGUCAAUCCUUCCAACCUCAAUCUGAGCUUGGGAGACAGCUCCUUCCAACUCGUCAACCAUGAUAUCAUCGGAGUUGUCACCAUUCCCAAUCUCAACUUGAUGCCCGGUCGCAAUGACGUUAACGCCACUGCAAGUUUUGACGCAAAUGCAAGUCCGUAUGGUCUAGAAGCUCUCAAUCGCUACAUUUCUGGCCAGGACACCGACAUCGAGAUCAACGGGUUCUCAGGUUCGACCAACAUAGCAUCCCUGCGCUCUGCUCUGUCUCAGAUCAAGCUCAAGACGACCUUACCAGGAUUGAAAGCAACUCUGAUCAAGAACGCCAACCUGACCGUGCUUGAAACGACAGGGGUCACGGACAACAUCGCCAACGCAACCGUCUUCCUAGCCAAUCCUUUCACGACACCGCUGACGGUCGACCACAUUCGAGCGAAUGUCACUUCCCACGGCAUCUAUGUAGCUUCUAUCGACACGCCGCUGAACUUCGUGGCCGCGGGCCAUGCAGUCACGCAGUCGCCACCUGUCCCACUGGGCCUAAACCUAUAUCCGCCGGACCUCUUUGGUCUUGUGAGAGCCCUUGCCGUGCAGAGCGGGCAGGAUCCUGUCUACGUCGAUGCACUCGUCCAGCUUGGUGGCUAUACCAUGACGCCCGCCACGUCAGCCAACUCGCGUCGUUGGCUGGCGGAAGAAGACCAACAAUUUACGCAUGAUGCGAACAACGAUCUGGCUGGACUGACCAUGGUAGGGUCCAACAACUUCCAGGCGCUUGUUGGUGCCGAACAUUUGUCUCAGCGUGGGCUGGAGCAAUCCCAUUGGCUUCAGAAGCGCGCUAACAUGUUCACAGGCUUUGACCUGCCGAGUUACGUUGAUCGCGCCUUCCGCUCUGCAACUGCAAAUCUGGAAAUUGUUGCCGGCGCCUCCAUCGGCGACUACGCUACUACCUUCACUUUGGCGCAGCAGGAUGUGCCGCUGGGGACGGACGUCACGCUGAAUAGGCUGCUGCCGGUCCUUGCACGGCCGAUCGUGCAAAAGAUCGUGGAUGGUGCUAUCCUCAACAUUGACAGGGUGACCAUCCUCGAUCCUCAGCAGAUGACUUUCCGGGCUGCUCUUCAAGGCACGAUCACAAAUUCGGGUCCCUUUGAUGCCACUCUUCAAUUCUCUGGAGGACUCAACGUCACGUGGAACGGGCGUCUGCUGGGCCAACUGGCAAUGCCGAAUGUCUCGUUUGUAGCAGAUAUCGGUGCUACACUGGAGAUCGUGUCGGAAUUCGUGGUUGCCGACGUUGGCUACCUCACGGAGUUCACGCGGCAAAUGGUCACCGAACAGAGCUUUGUCUGGAACAUCGCAGGCGAGAACCUUCGUGUGGCAGCCCUCGGUAUCGAGGUCGAAGGAGUCUCUUUCUCCAAAAAUGUGAUCCUCAGUGCUUUCAAUGGCCUAAGGAACAGUGUGAUCAUCAACUCGUUCGAUCUACCAUCCAACGACCCGGCGGGCGGCAUACACCUCACUGCAGUUACGACCAUCUACAAUCCUUCGCAAGUCGGGGUUCAGCUUUCUCGAUUUGGCGUCAAUCUAGCUCGCAACAGCACUUUGCUGGGUCCCGGCUCUGUUGCAAAUCCGUUUGUGCUGCAAGCUUUAGCCACCACAGUGGUCCCAUUGGAGGGCAGAUUGAUACCUCAAACCACAGAUCAAGGCCUCGCUGUUCUGUCCGAGGUUUUCCAACGAUUUAUCGACAACAUCAACACGGACGUGACGGCCUCGGGGGACUACGCUGGACCAGCAGAUGUCACUUGGCUGAACGAAGGAAUCAAGGCUCUGGUUUUCCAGGUGUCCUUACCUUCGCAGAGUUUCACCGUGCUACGCACUAUCUCGAUCAACCAAAUCUCGCUCUUCUUCACCCAACCCACCGCGUGGAGUCCUGCCACCAGCUCAAACGAAACGCAGGCCGCUUUCUUCUUACCUUUCGCCUUCCCUGUGGAUAUCCAGCAAGGCGGCGGUAGGUUCAUUGCCAACUAUCAAAACCAAGAUGUCGCCGAGCUCAACAUACCGCUAUCGCCCUCAAUCACGGACGUCACGACGCGAAUAGUAACUUUGAUGUUCUCUAACAUUCCUUUUACCGUCUACGGAUCGGGUCACCGCGCUUUUUCCCAGUUCUUAGCGGAUACCACCGCAGGUACCCAGGUCACGUUCAACCUCCAUGGCCAAGCAAAUACCAAGAUCAACACUGCCUCUGGCCUUGUGUCGAUCAACGAGAUUCCUUUCAACGUCGAUACCAAUCUAUUGGGCUUGCAGAAUUUGCAAGCUCGGCCGGCAAGCAUCUCGAACUUGGACGUCUUUCACGGCUAUCCUUCCUAUCUUCAGAUCAAUGCUGACGCUACGCUAUUCAAUCCUUCCCAUGUCACCAUCGGUGCUGGCGACGUCACAUUGGAUGUCUUUUACAUGGGCAGAAAGAUCGGUACUGCAGUGAUCAACGGUCUAGUCCUCGUUCCAGGCACUAACAUAGUUCCGACACAGGUCCGCUACUCUCCGCAAGGUGCAGCCAAUGUCGCAGCCGGACAGCAGCUUCUGGAGAACUACGUGCAGGGCGUCGUUUCAACGAUAGCCAUUUCGGGAUCACAAGACACCACUCCCAUCGAAUCACUCAAGCAGGCUCUCUCAGGUAUCCGCCUUCAAGCCGACAUCCCACCGCUGAACCAGCUGCUGAUCACUAGAGCGAGGCUGGUCAUUCCGCCCAACAUUGCUCAGACAAGCGUUGCACAAGCCAACGUUGACCUACGCAAUCCCUUCACGGCCUCGAUAAACAUCCUCAAAGUCAAGGCUGAUGCAUUGUACCGAGGCAUCCUUCUUGGCCACAUCGACUCGGAUCUGUCCAGCGCACCGAUCAGCGCUCCAGGCCACACUACCGUGACAUCCAGGUACCUUCCUCUCAACUUCAACUUGGAUCCGAAAACCCUGAUCCGCUUUGUUCAAGCAGCUGCAGCUGCAACAAACACAGACCUCGGCCCUCUGCCACCGCUGUUUGAUCAAGUGCUUGGACAAGCUUCAACGCAAACAACGAUCAGCCCGUAUCCCGACUUCAAUCCUCCCAACUGCCAUUCUGGGAAUCAGUUUGAUGUUCUCGGUGCUGUCCUUCGCACUGUACAGGGUCUGCAGACGACGCUGAAUCUGCAGACAAGUGCCAAACUUGACGACUACGCGACCAAUCUCAACAUUGUUCAGCAACCAGUGCCCACUGACACGGACCGGAGUGUCCUGUACCUUCUUGGUCCCGCCGGUGCACCGAUUGUGCAGAACAUCGUGAACCAGGCAGUACUCAGCGUGAGAACCGCCAACAUCACGGGGAUCACCAACACGGGCUUUGACGUUUCGCUGCAAGGCUCGCUAACCGGUACCGGACCGUUCGACGCCUUGAUCGAAUUCACCGAACCGCUCACAGUGACGUGGCAAGGCAAGAACAUCGCUCAACUCUCUCUACCUUCCAUUUGCGCGUUCGCCAACGUUGGUGUGCCCGACCUCUCCACAAGCGGUCACUUGACGAUCACCAACCUUGGUGCUUUCACCGAUUUCGCCACUUACAUCUUGCACAACCCAUCCUUCCAAUGGACCGUCUCGUCCCAGCAUCUUAGGCUCCGGGCUUUGGAUAUCAUCUUUAGCGAUGUCGUGUUCUCCAAGACGAUCGACUUCAAGGCUUUCAACGGUCUUCCGGGUGUCACUGCAUCCGACUUUAACGUUUAUGGCGAGACCAGCAAUUCGUUGCUGAUACGAGCGGGCGCUUCCAUCCCAAACCCAGCCACCCUUGGCAUUCAGCUCGACACCGCCAACUUUGAGAUCUUCUUUAUGGGGACUGACAUUGGGCCGGUGCAUGGCAGCAAUGUGUUCCUCCCUGCUCUUGGGACCAUUAAUACGACGCUCGAAGGAGCCAUCACAUCAAAGUCCGGACGCGAUCUGCAAAACACGGGGAUCCUGUUCAGCAACUUCCUCCAGGGCCGGACGCAGAUCAUUCAGGUUCGUGGUGUUUCGGUCGUCACGCAGGCCAACGGGAAUCAGCCUGUCAACUGGCUCAGCACGGCAUUCAAAACACUCAGCUUGGACGUGGCGCUUCCGGGACAUAUCUACAAGCUCAUCUUCUCCAUCAUCAUCUCGGACUUCACCAUUUUCGUCCAAGGCGACCCUGCCAACUCGUACGUGGUGCCUACGAGCUCCAACUUGACGCUCGCAACGUUUGCAAAUCCUUUCACCUUCAGUUUGCAGCCGAUCCAAGUGACAUCCCAUAUUAAUCUCUCGUAUGCCAACGGCAACACGGCGUACCUCAACUUGCCACCGACCAAUGUCGAUGCGGGAGUGUCGCAUGGUCCGAACGAUAUACAGGCGAUUCAGCUCAUGUGGCGCCGACAGGAUCUUGUCGCUGUUGACCGACCCAACUUCCAAGCGUUCUUUGCUCAGCUUACGGACACUGCGAGAGGUACCUUUGUUAUGAGUGGUUCCAACGAUGUGGUAGCCAAGACAGUGAUAGGCAACAUUCCCAUCGCUGCGAUUCCGUUCAGCGUUCCCACAUCGCUAGCUGGCGUAAACAGCUUCAAUGGGGUCGCUAAACUGUCCAACGCGGUAGUUAAAAGUGGGUCACCAGACUUUGUGUGGGUGCCGCUCCAAGUUACAUUAGCCAACCCAUCCAACAUCACAGUCUUUACCAAUGAGGUGUUCCUUCCGGCAAUUUUCCGGGGCACCGUGGUGGGACGAGCCGAGAUUCCGGCCCUUGGUCUAAUUCCCGGAGACAACGUGGUGCAAGCAUACUUCUACUACGCUCCCGCAAACGCCAACGAUUCGACCGCUCAAGAGGUCUUUACGCUGUACAUCCAGCCCUCCAUCUCAGACGGCGUUACACCACAGUCCGUUCCGCUCACCAUCGACGGUACACGGGCACCAAUGACGAAUCUUACCCCGUACGACUCGCUUCGCCCGGCCAUCGCUGGAGUUAAGGCGAGUACGGUGCUCGAUGGCAUUGGAUCUCGCAUCGUGACACAUGUCAACGUAUACCUGACCACCGAAACGGUUCUCACGGGACUUGCCAAUCUUCUGCUUGGAGGCACUACGUUGCCUGUUGUGGAGAUCGAUCUAACUGCUCGGAACGAUUUGGGCGCCAACCUCUACAUCAUUGCGCUGCAAACCUCGGCAAAGAGGGCCGGUACGAAGCCCGUGGAUGCAAACAACCCGGAUGCACGAGUCUCGUUCAGGUUUCCGACACCGUUUGCUGUGCCAGCGGGAGCAAGUGCCAACUCGAUCAGAGUUCCAAACGUCGUACUGCCCAAGGGACUUUUGGAAUCAUUGCCUCUCAUCGGUCAGAACCUGGACCUGUACAACAAUUUGCCGGUCCGAGUCGGGCGUUCGGUCAGCGACAGCUAUCUAGCACCGGGUCUCAACUACAUCGAGCUCAACGUCGACACUACCUACAGUCUGGAUCUCGGUGGGCUGAUCAUCCCGUUGAACGGGCCGAUCCAGACGAUCGAGCAGCUGUUGAACACAAUCCUGCAGGCCGGAGCCAACCUGGGCAGCAUCCUAGAGGGAAUACCAAAUCUAUUGACGCAGGCGCUGCAGGGCAAUCUCCUCGGUGGUUUGGACCAGGAGGCCAAGCAGGUCGUGUGCACCUUGACACAGCUUACAAAUGGUCUCACUGGCAACAUCCUGGAAGGUAUCCUCAACGAUGCCAACUGUCCAAACCGUCCUUCGUCUUCGUCGGGUUUACCAUCAGCUACUGUGGCCUCUAGCUCGACUACUGCCACCGGCGCCGCCUCUUCGUCGACGACCGCCACUUCGGCAUCCCCUAGCGCUGCCGCCACCACAGCGCCUUCAUCGGAUAGGUCCUUGGAGCCGACAACCCCAGCAGGUGAGCGAGCUACGCCUGCAUCGCAGAUGCCGUCGACUCCCACGCCUUCAGCUCGCGUCGAAAGUGGAUCCCUCUCCGCUCCUUCUGCAACAGCUUGA